CUUAAUUGGCUGGUGGCUGGGAGCGGUGGGGUUAAGCUCGACGCUGCGGUCCCGGCCUAGGCGCGAUCCCUUAUCAGUAGGGCAGUCCAUUGGACCUGCUGCCAGUCUCACGCCAUGGAUCGCCAUCACCUCGCUUGUCGCGCGACGCAGCUGCGGAGCGGUCUCUUGGUCCCACUGCUUCUGCUCAUGAUGCUGGCAGACCUGGCACUCUCGGUCCAACGUCACCCCCCGGUAGUGCUUGUGCCUGGUGAUUUGGGUAACCAGCUAGAAGCAAAGCUGGACAAGCCAAAGGUUGUGCACUAUCUUUGCUCCAAGAGGACGGACAGCUACUUCACACUCUGGCUGAACCUGGAGCUGCUUCUGCCUGUUAUCAUCGAUUGCUGGAUUGACAAUAUCAGGCUGGUUUACAACAGAACAUCUCGGGCCACCCAGUUUCCUGAUGGUGUGGAUGUGCGUGUCCCUGGCUUUGGGGAAACAUUUUCUCUGGAGUUCCUAGACCCCAGCAAAAGGACUGUGGGUUCCUAUUUCCACACUAUGGUGGAGAGCCUUGUGGGCUGGGGCUAUACACGGGGAGAAGACCUCCGAGGAGCUCCCUAUGAUUGGCGCCGAGCUCCAAAUGAAAAUGGGGCCUACUUCUUGGCCCUCCGAGAGAUGAUCGAGGAGAUGUACCAGAUGUAUGGGGGCCCCGUGGUGCUGGUCGCCCACAGCAUGGGCAACAUGUACACGCUCUACUUUCUGCAGCGGCAACCACAGGCCUGGAAGGACAAGUAUAUCCAUGCCUUCAUUUCACUGGGUGCGCCCUGGGGGGGCGUGGCCAAGACCCUGCGAGUCCUGGCCUCAGGAGACAACAAUCGUAUCCCUGUUAUCGGGCCACUGAAGAUCCGGGAGCAGCAGCGAUCCGCUGUCUCCACCAGCUGGCUACUGCCAUACAACCACACCUGGUCACAUGACAAGGUGUUUGUGCACACACCCACAACUAACUACACACUCCGAGACUAUCGCCAGUUCUUCCAGGACAUCAGAUUUGAAGACGGCUGGCUCAUGCGUCAGGACACAGAAGGCCUGGUUGAAGCCAUGAUGCCACCUGGCGUGGAGCUGCACUGCCUCUACGGGACUGGCGUCCCCACACCAGACUCUUUCUAUUAUGAGAGCUUUCCUGAUCGAGACCCCAAGAUCUGCUUUGGUGAUGGUGACGGCACUGUGAACUUGGAGAGUGUCUUGCAGUGCCAGGCCUGGCAGAGCCUCCAAGAGCACAAAGUAUCAUUGCAGGAACUGCCAGGAAGUGAGCACAUCGAGAUGUUAGCCAAUGCCACUACCUUGGCUUAUCUGAAACGUGUGCUUUUCCAGCCUUGAUUCCUGUGCCAGGCUGCUGGAUGGCUGGACCAUGGAGCUUCUCUUGGGCUCUGACCCUUUUGUGGCCUACAAGCUUGGUAAAAAGUUUGUGACCGUUAUUAGAGGUCCUAGGUCUGAGGCUGUGAGGCAUUUGCCUCAGGGGAAUGCUGUUUCUCGUCCUCUGUGUAAAGACAGGGAAGAAAGGGAAGACCCAAGUGUGGAUUCAAAGGACAUUUGGUAGAAAGAAUGCUGCUGCUGAUGGCAUUGUGACCUCAGACUGGCUCGGCAGGCUGGCUUCUCUGGCUCCUCACCCUGGUCCCCAGCUGGGGCCACGCAGUCUUCCUAGUUCUCUGGCCUUUCUACUCUAGCCCACUGGGCCCUAACCUUCCUGUGAAGGAUGUUACCGAGCUGAGGUCCUGCCCUGGAAGGUUCCACAGUGGCCGUCAGGUGACCUUCCCACACACUGGCUUUAGGUAGCCUACUGGCUAGGGCUGCUAACGUCCCUGUGACCUCACUGGUGGGCAUCCUGAGUGUGGCCUCCGGGAGGCAGUCCAGCACCCCUGCAGGCAGGGCGGUUUGUUGUGUUCUCCAUGAUUCCUCCAGGUCCUGGGAUAUUUAGACUCCACUCCUACCUCUCACCUCUAGCAGCAUCCUAGUCCUAGUUCUGGAUUGGGCAGCAGAGGAUCCCUCAGUUCUGGGGGCCAUGUCCUAGGAUUCCUGAUCUCCUUAGUUGUGAUGUGAGUCCCCGUACUGAAGCUGGCUCUCUUGGUUCUGGGACUGUAUUUUAAGGAAAGCAGGGCCUAAUGUUAUGGCCUUCUAGCUUGGUACCUAGAAGAAGGGGAGCUCAAGGGGGCAACUUUCCCUGAGCCACCUUCUUGAGAACCCCACCACCAUACUGCACACUGCCUGUGGGGCCUUUCUAUCAACCACUUGGGCGGCACAAGGGGAGAGGGGUGGUAGAGUUCCUGCCCAACGCUUGCUCCCACCAGGCAGCUGAACGGGUUUGGUUUGCCAGAGUUAGUCGAGAGGUUGAAAGGGUUCCGGAGAGGGAAGAGCAUGGCAUCCAAGCUAGGGCUUUUUUUUUGUUUUUUUGUUUUGUUUUGUUGUUGUUUCCCCUAGGGAUGCUGCAUGGUCUCUGUGUGACAGCAGAGAUGGUGAAUCUGGGCCUGUCCUAGGGACAGUGGACCUGACUAUAGGCUGAGACUUGGGUCAGCUUUUAGUUUGGAGUCCCCAGACCACUUUCCGGCUGGACUACAUACACUGCCUUCCCACACGAUUCUCACUGGACUUCCCUUGUUAGGCACAUUCCCGCCAUCUCUCCCUCACCUGAUGGUGGUCCCCACCUGGGGCAGAGCAAGCUGUACCUCAAUUUUGGCAAUAAAAGUAUUCUGGCUGGUGUAA